AUGUCGGCUCGGUUGAUUCGCUUUAUAGGGAACCAUGAUGUGAACGCUGAAGGCAAAUACAUUUGGGAGAUUUUAGCGCAACUAAGGAAUUUUGGUGUCGGGCGAUUGGUUACAAAAUCGGAAUGGGGACGAAAAUGGCCAGACCAGGCGUCGUAUUUGCGAAUUCAAAGAGUUGCUCCAUCAAUGGAUAGAUGGUUGUUUAAUGGUCGAUUAUGGGGCGAAUGGAUAUAUCGGGGACGCAACCUUGGAAUUUACGAGUUUGCACAUGAUUUAAAUAGAUCGGACUGGCAACUUAUACAUCGACACGAUGAAUCAACAUUUACAAAUUGCACACAGCCAAUGAAAGAUAUAAAAAUGGCGGACAGUUUUCCGUUACCUCCCUUGCAAUUACAUAUGUGCAAGAAAGCAACCGUUUCCCGUGGAAAAGAGUGGACGAGUGAUCAAGGUCGAGCACCUUUAUCGUUGAGCGUAGAUCCAGAAUUUUCGCACAUCAAGAGCUUGAUUAAACAAGAAAAGCCAACCGGACACGCGGACACUAUUUACGAUGAGCAAUCGACUUCGGGAAAAAUGGCAUUGGCUCGUAGCGUGAUGCAAACGGCGGUUCGUGGCACAGCCUGGUGGAGUCAUGUGGAGAUGGGUCCACCCGAUGCAAUUCUUGGCGUCACCGAAGCUUUUAAGAGGGACACCAAUCCAAAGAAGAUGAACCUCGGCGUUGGAGCUUAUCGCGAUGAUCAAGGUAAACCAUUUGUUUUGCCCUCGGUUCGAACUGCUGAAGAGCAAUUGCUCGCUGGGAAGAUUGACCACGAAUACGCUGGAAUUGCCGGGUUGGCGGACUUUUGCAACCACUCCAUCAAACUAGCUUUGACCGACAAAUCUUCGGCGUUAACCGAGAAACGAACGGCGACGGUUCAAAGCAUCUCUGGAACAGGUGCUCUGCGAAUUGGAUCCGAAUUUCUGACGAAAUAUGCGAAGACUAAAGUGAUCUAUCAACCUACUCCCACCUGGGGUAACCAUGUUCCCAUUUUCAAAUUUGUCGGAAUGGAUGUUAAGAGUUAUCGUUACUAUGACAAGUCGACAUGUGGCUUCGAUGAAAAGGGAGCCUUGGCAGACAUUGCGGCUAUUCCAAAAGGAAGCGUGAUUCUUUUGCACGCUUGUGCUCACAAUCCAACUGGAGUUGAUCCGACGCGCGAUCAAUGGAAGAAAAUUUCGGAAGUUUGCAAACAGCGCGAACUCUUCGUUUUCUUUGACAUGGCCUAUCAAGGAUUUGCUUCUGGUAAUGUUGAUGGAGAUGCUUUUGCUGUGCGAUAUUUUAUCGACCAAGGGCACAACAUUAUUCUCUCGCAGUCAUUCGCCAAGAACAUGGGACUUUACGGGCAACGUGUUGGUGCAUUCAGUGUGGUCUGUGAAUCAAAGGAUGAGGCUGAUCGAGUCAUGUCGCAGCUUAAGAUCCUUAUUCGUCCAAUGUAUUCAAAUCCACCCAUUCAUGGAGCCAGAAUCGUUUCGAAAAUUCUUGCCGAUCCCGCUCUUCAUAAGCAAUGGUUAGCUGAUGUGAAGGGAAUGGCUGAUCGUAUCAUCUCGAUGCGUGCUCAACUUCGCGAUUUGCUGAAGAAAGAGGGCUCGCAACGCGAUUGGAAACACAUCACCGACCAGAUCGGCAUGUUCUGCUUCACGGGAAUCUCACCUGAUCAGGUUGAGCGAUUGACAAAAGAUCACUCGAUUUAUCUGACGAAAGACGGAAGGAUUUCGGUGGCCGGAAUCUCAUCGAACAACGUUGGAUAUCUGGCUCACGCCCUUCAUCAAGUGACGAAA